GACAGGCAUGUGUUUUAAGAGUUCAGAGGAAGCUAGGUCGAAAAUAAGGGUAGACAAAUGUAUUCCGAGAUUUAGAAUUAAAAAUAGCCAAUGAAGAGUGUUAUUAUGUUACAUCUUAGUUUAAAUCUAGUUUUUGUUAUUUAAUACGUAUUUUCACGAUAGAACCUGAAAAAAGAAUGUGAAACUUUAUGCUUAGCAUACAGACUAGUCAAUAACCUAGGUCGAUGUAACAACCAUAACGUUUUUUUCUUUUGAGUAACGAGUAGUUUUUUUUCGUAGUCAUUGCCAUUAUUUUUUUUAACUAAAACUUACAGACACUGUGAACUUAUGACAUUUCAAAGACGUUCAGAUUGUAGCUGCAAAUGGGCGGUAUAGGUGGUAAUUUUUACCCCAGUAUGUUGAAUGGGACUGAAACGCAAAUUUUUGAGAAAGACGCUGAUAUUAACAACCACGUUUACCGCACCAAGGAUUUAACUGACCUUAAAAUGGGAAUCCAAGAUACCAGAUUUUAUUAUCAAGACCCUAUCCAAAACAGCCCGGACAAUCUGUCUCUCCCGUACCAUGCGGGUCAGGCUGUGGCCGGAUUCGAAGCGCAGACCGGGAGGUAUUACUCGCAUACGCCGCUCACCAGCUGUCCUUUCAAUACCAUGAGAUCCCAGGGGAGAAACGGCUCGGGACAAGGCUGUGCACUGGCAGGAGGGGACGGGUUUGCGACGACGGCCAAAGACGUUUACCAGGCUGGCGGAGAAAGUUACACUUCGCCCUUCCAGCACCCGUAUCCGCGGCCAGCCUUAUACCCUUUACCUGGGCUACAGGUGUGCGGAAAGACGCAAGCUCUUCUGAACAACUUCCCACUUUGGGCAAAGUUCCACAAAUAUCAAACCGAAAUGAUCAUUACCAAACAGGGACGGAGAAUGUUUCCCUAUCUGAGCUUCAACAUCAGCUCUUUGGAUCCAUCUGCUCACUACAAUGUGUACGUGGAUGUGGUUCUGGCUGACCAGCACCACUGGAGAUACCAGGGUGGGAAAUGGGUGCAGUGCGGAAAGGCUGAAGGAAACAUGCCAGGUAACCGGAUGUAUAUGCAUCCUGACUCACCCAAUACAGGGGCUCACUGGAUGAGACAGGAGGUAUCUUUUGGCAAACUGAAGCUCACCAACAACAAAGGAAGCUCCAACAACGUGGCACAGAUGAUUGUGCUGCAGUCUCUACAUAAAUAUCAACCCCGACUGCACCUUGUGGAAGUGAAGGAGGACGGCUCAGAUGAUCCCUUCGCGACUUCCAAGACCCUGACCUUCGUCUUUCCCGAGACGCAGUUCAUAGCUGUCACCGCCUACCAGAAUGCAGAUAUCACUCAGUUAAAAAUAGACCACAACCCCUUUGCCAAAGGUUUCCGGGACAAUUAUGACGCGCUAUAUGCACCUCCCGACACGGAACGGCUUACCCCCUCCCCUUCGGAGAGCCAGCAACUUCUUCCUGGCAGCUGUUACCACCAGCCCUACCUUCCCGACCAAUACAUGGGCGCCCUGCCCCAGAGCCGCUUCUAUAACAGAGAGCGGGUGACCAUAGGCCAGCAGCCCAAGGACGCUAGUAACAGCCCCCAUAGUCACUGGUAUCUCCCCAGCCAGCAAGGGACGGGCUCCAGCCGGCUAGACUUCAACUCUUACGAAGGAGACUACUCUGGUAGUAGCUUCUACAAACCCUUCUCCCUCCAGGGGCCAUCACACUCUCAUCUGGGGUACUAUCCGGACCAUCCCUUCACCUCUGCCAGCAUCAGCGCAGCCACUCCUGGGGUCUGGAAUACAGGCCGACCCUCGCCUCAGUACCUGAACCACUCCCUGCCCAGUAAGCCCACUCCAGGCCUCGGUUGGUAUUGUCCUAUGUCGUCGUCUUCCACCGAUCACCGGCUGUCUACCCCAUCUCUCCUUGAGCCGCCACUGCCCCCACCUCUGCUGCAGGACAAACCUAAGGAACCGGGAGACGACGCCUGGCUGGAGCCUGCCUCUGUCAAGUCCGUGGACUCGGCCGACUCGGGCCUCUACGAGAGCAUGGAGAGCAAGAAGCGGAGGGUGUCCCCCUAUGCUUCCAGCACUGAGAGUUCCCCCCCCAACCGCAACACUGAGUCCAACGAGAAGGACAACAGCAGCGAUGCUGGCUACUAUGGCUUCUACAACAACUGAAAAAAACAAUCCACACCCCAGGCCAAAAUAAAAGAUAAUUUGUGACCCACUUGCAUACGCAUCCAUUCAACCCAACAGUAGAGAGACUUCAGAUGAGAUGACUCUGGAAGGGUGCAGGGCUGGGGGGUUUCAGUAGUAAAUCCCGGACUGGAGCAGACUUAAGAAGGAACUGUCCCUGCUUUGAGGGUAUUCCCUUAUUUAGCUAUCAUGAAAGCAACAUCAAAGCCAGGCCAAGAGUGCAUUACACAUAAGCUAGACUAGUCAAGAUACCUCAGUCGGUCUGUUCAUUCAGGUUUUCACACUGGAUCGUCUCCCGAAAAUAAAUAAAUAACAUAGAAGUACUUGUUGCACAGUGAGACGAUCCACUCUUAUAUACCUUUAAAUAUAAUUGUUUGUAGGGAGAACAGCUUAAAAUUGGGGCAAGGGGCUUUGAAAACAACCAGGCUUGGUAAUGCAAAGUAUAUCUUGCAGCCCUAUGAACAUGCAAAUUAAGUGGUUUUUGCGUUCAUCACUGAUUACCAGUUCUGUAGCCUAAGCGUUGUUACCCAGGUCCAUGCAUGCAACUGGGACCAUUGCCUGACCUUGUAUUAUUGUACAUGUUUGGGCCUAGAAGGCGACUGAUCCUAGAAUGAACAUGUUCCUAAUUAACUCAUCCUGGAUUUAGCUUCUUAUACUGUGUUCAUUUUCAGUGUCCAACAGCACCACAUGGUGGUGAAACCAAGAAAUAGCAAAGCAGGAAAGGCACCGAACCCAACGGUAGAAGAUCAUCUCUGAAAAGACCAUUAGUAAAACUCAAGUGUCAUGAUUUUGUCCAGUUUUUUUGUGUUCUAGAAUAAAACCCUACCAUGCAGAAGUUCCACAGGCAUUUGUAAAAUGGAUUAUAAAGUUUUGUAUUUAGAUAAUAAUAAAAUCUCUGUAAAAUCCCUCCAUAUAUAUAAUCCAUAUUACUCUAUCACACACAGCAAGUUAUAGAAGCAAAAUGUUUAAGACAAUAAAGCUCCUCUAUGUGAAGCGUAAAUGUUUUAAAGACACCUUGUUUAGAGUAUCAGUGAUCAAACUGAAGGGUCUCUUCCAGGGCAAACAGUGGCUCUACAAAAUGAGACAGGAUUUAAACCUGCGAAUAUUUCACCUUCACAGGUUCUGAUGUUCUCCCCACACCAGAAGUGGGUGGUUUCAGAAGGCCCAGUGUGGCAGCUUGUAAAGUGAAGCAUGGUUGUCGUCCCCUGCUCCCGGACCAGGUCUUAGCGUUCCUGCUGCAGCCGCAAUUAUCAGAUGUAAUUGGAUAGCAUGUGGGCCGCAGAUGCAAAGCUCUUGAUCCCAUCCUCUGUGUGUCCUCCAGUGAACUUGGCCUUUUUGAAAGGAACAUGUGCUCUCUCUCACACUCACAUACACUAGAGCUGAGGCUCUCGGGGCCCCUCUAAGGGCCAUGCCGAUACAGUCCAAUGAGAAAGACUCAGAAUUAAAGUGAGGCAUGUUAUAUGGACCUUGACAGAUUGCGUGAAAGUCACAUCAUAGAUAUUUUGGAUAUGGGGCUGCCUUCUUUAUACCUGAAUGACCCCUGACAUUGUCACAGUAGGAUAACAAUCUCCUGCAUUUACUGCAGACUGAAGAAGGAUGAGAUGUUCAGACACUGGAAGUGGUAUAACAAAGACAGAGAUGAUGGUCUUAGUAAUAUAGUGCGGGGAUGGAAAGUUCAGGUCCAGAAAGUACACAUCCAGAGCAAGGUUUAGUUUCAACCAACCAAUGAGACAUAAAGAGACGCAUUCACAAGCAACUCUGCUGGUUGGAUGAAACAAAACCUUGGUCUGGAUUUGUACUUUCUGGACUUUCAUUCUUCUUCAAAAUAUAUCUGCUGAUAUUAUUGUAAUGAUUUUUUUACUUGAACUCCAUACUUUUGGUCUAGCUAGUAAAUAGUUACUUACCCCUUUCACUUGCAAAAAAUCCCUACAUUCAAGUAGCUAAAAAAUUAAGGAAGAGUGCAGCAACAAUCCCCCAAAUUCAUAUUACAUUUGCUUAGGAUUCAUUCGGAAGUUAGGAAGCAGGGGCUAGUUCAUGGUAAAUGGAGAUCAGUAUAGGACCGCCCACAGAAAGCCUGCGUUAGAAAGUGGAGUGUUGUCCAGUAAAUUGCUCUUUAGUCUUAAAAGAUAUGAUUUAAAAUGUUGGCAAGAAAAUGCAUGUUAAAAUGAGCCAGUCAUUUGCAGAGAUGAUGUUAUCAGUACAGUGACAGUACAGUGAGUUUUGUCAGCCAGAUCAUGAGGGGAGCACAGAGACAUUAAACAAAGGGCAUCUGUGCCUGCAGCUUAGAUUAGGCAGGUUCUGUUACAGAAGGAUGCCGGGCAGAUUUGCUUAAGGAGACAACUUUGGUUCUCAAAAAGAGACAAUCGCAAAAAAUGAUGAGAUGGUGUACUGUAGAAGACCCAAGGAAUAUCACAUAACUUGCUUGUACGUUAGAACAAUGACUCAUUAAUCCCCAUAUUGCAAAAUUUGCCUUUUCUCUCUAAAAGUUGUUCUGACAUUCUGUAAACUUGUAAAUAACAUAUUAGACUCAUUGUGUCUGGGUAAAUUUAAGCCCUUCUGCCACUUUGAUCAUUUCAGUAUUAUUUUCAAGUUUGUCCUUAAAGGAGGGAAACGGAUUUUAAUCCUGGGACUUGCUCUGUGCAUUUGUUGUGCUUUGUUGCCAUCUAGUGUUAUAAAAAAAAAGUGCCUUGGACAAUUUUGCAAGUCAUUGUUGAUUUACUGUAAAUGCAUUUUAAUACUUACAUUUGGGAUAACGCAAGGUUCAGUUAGAAACUGACAUAAUGAAUAAAUAAAUUACAAAUCCUCUUCUAAAGGUAAAUUCUUUAUACACAAAACAAUAAUACAAAAGCUGACAGUAGGAAAUCCAACCAUAGGUGAGCUGGCCAUGGGCUGCCCGCUUAAUGGCAAAAGCCAGAAUGGUGAGUAAUAGAUAACUAGUGAUGACUGGCUUUUGAUGUCCUACUUCUCCCAUUAUCACACCUUACUAAAAGUAAAAGUAUAUCAGAAUUUUCAUGUGGAAUCAAAGUAAAAUCUGUCAUUGAUAUGCCACUGAUGGCCAGGACACCGGUUCAAAUCCCAGGGUUGACAGAGUGAUCUCACCGAUGGGCCCUUAACUCCCAGCUGCUUCAGUGAUUGUCUGACCCUCUUUUUCCUUAAAAAUGUACGUCGCUUUGGAUAAUAGCUGCUAAAUAAAUUUCCUUUAAUAUAUAUAUAUAUACUUUUUGUGUUGGACUUUAAAGCGAAAUUUUAUAACAAAAAUUGACAUACACUGGCAAAAUGUUCAACCACUGUAUUUGGCUAAAUCCAUGAUAUAUUGGUGGGCAGGUAUGCAGUGUCACGACUUUGUUUGGGGUUCAGAUCUUUCCCUCACUGUGCCUGUUUUGAGUUAUUCCCCCGGUGCUUUGGUUUCAUCCUGAAUUCCAAGGAAAGGUGACUAAGUGUCUCUAUUGCCUGUACUGUGUGUUCCUUGUGAUGGACUGGCAUCCCAUGCAGGGUGUCCCCUGUCUUGUGCCCUGUCCUGUCUGGGAUAGGCUCCAGACCCUCAUGUGACCUGGCACUAUUGGACGGUUGAAUGGAUGGCAAAAUGAGGAGUCAUACCACGUUGUGUCUGCUUACGAAGACCCACAAUGUUUUUUUUUUUUGGGUUCUAACAGUCAUAAUAAGUCAUAAUAACCACAAAGAAAUGCAGUAUUUAACUCAAUCUAGCUGGAUUUGACAAUAUUUUUUAAGAUUUCAUAUAUGGAUAACAGUAGUUCGUUUUUACAAAUAAACAAACUAAAGUGGUCAUGCUAAGAUAAGACCGGAUUUAUUAUGUUUUUCUUCUUAUGUUCUGUCUGCACUAUUUGUUUAUGGAAUUAUAAACCUGUUAUCCAUUCUAUGGAUACACAUUAGAAUUGUUUUUGGAUAAAAUGUCUUUUUGAAGCUUAUGGAAAAAGUGUUUCAGAUAUUAGUGACCACAGUAUAAUACAUGUAAAUAUUAAGAAUUUAAAUACAGUACGUUCUCGUAAUGAAAAAUUAGCUAUAUCUGACAAUCUGUCGAUGAGGAAAAACAUUUAUUUAUUCAAAGCUGACUUUACCUGGUGUAUUGUAAUGAUUUUCUUUUUUUAUUCAGAAUAAAUGUUUAAAUACCAGGUUGUGUAACUCUCUAAUGGAGGCUUUUUCAUGAAAAGUGUAAUUAUUACAUUUGCUCUUUUAUUUUUGACAUGCUGGUAACGAAAUAUAAGAAUGCCAACAACUAAAGUCA